AUGGGACCAGGGAUGCUGAAUAAGCCGCAGUGCUCAGGACAGUCCCGCGCAAUGAACUGUCUUGCCUUUAAAGACACCAAGGCGGUUCCUUUAUACUCUAUACUCGCAGCGGACAGCAAACAACAGCAGGCUGGGAGUCAGGUGGCCUGGGUUCUUGACUCAGGUUCUCGGAUAGCACAGCAUGACCUUGGGUCGCUGCUAUUGAAAUCUGAAAAAUUCCGAGCCGCACGGCUUGGUGUGCGCCUGCCAUCUAGUGGUGAGACAGGUGAAUACCGCCUUGGUGUGCGCCUGCCAUCUAGUGGUGAGACAGGUGAGGGGUCCCGUGCGCCCAAGGCCAGCUUCCCGGGUCGGUUCUGUCACCCUCCCCUCCCCCGCGCGCGUGUCUGCGCGAAGUGUGGCGGCUGCAGCUCCCGGACGGGGCCCCGAGUUGCGGGCGCCAGCGGGGGCUGGGGGGGCUCCCUCGCCCCUCGCCCGACGCCCGCAGCCAGUGCCGCCGACCAGAGCCGUGGCGCCCGCCUGCUCCUCUCUACCCCGAAGCCAGGCUCCAAGGGGGAGGCGGGAGGGCCGAGAUGGGCUCCUUCACUCCCACCGCGGGCGCCCCUGGUGGGGGGGGGCAGCGGCGAGGGGGCGCGGGGCCGCGAGGGGCCCCGGGGCGCAGGGGUGGCCGCCCGAGGGCGCAGCGGGCGCGGCGGGAGGAGGCAGCCGGGGAACGGAGGGGCGGGGACGGGCGGGGGCGGGGCGGAGACUCCCGCCUCCUCCUUCCGAUCCUCCCCCUCCUCGAGCCGGGAGUCCGCGGCGCUGGCUCGGGGCUGCGGGAUGGGGACUUAG